UUCCUCAGCUACCCGUCUGAGAGAGAGAGAGAGAGAGAGAGAGAGAGAGAUAUGGGAGAAGAGGAUUCGAAGGCAGGAGGGGAGGGAAUGGAAUGGUAUGUAGGUGUACCGAAGAUCGAACUCCACGCUCACCUCAACGGCUCCGUCAGAGACUCUACUCUUCUAGAACUUGCAAAAGCCUUGGGUGAAAAGGGUGUCAUAGUUUUUUCUGAUGUGGAGCAUGUAAUUUUGAAAAAUGAUCGCUGUUUGCCCGAGUGCUUCAAGCUGUUUGAUUUGAUUCGCAUACUAACAACUGACCAUACAACCGUCACAAGAAUCACCAAGGAAGUCAUUGAAGAUUUUGCUGCUGAGAAUGUUGUCUAUCUGGAGCUACGAACAACUCCGAAGAAGAAUGAAGCAAUUGGAAUGAGCAAACGAUCUUACAUGGAAGCAGUGGUUGAAGGUUUGAGGACUGUAGAUGCAGUUGAUGUUUGUUUCAUUCCUUCUAAUGAGAGCACCGAAAACUUCUCAGAGACUCCACAUACAAAUGAUGCAUAUGACAGAAAACAUAGAAGAAAAAUAUACGUGCGCCUUCUUCUUAGCAUUGACCGCCGUGAGACCACUGCAUCAGCAAUGGAAACAGUUCAGCUGGCGUUGGAAAUGAAGGAUUUGGGAGUCAUUGGUAUUGACCUCUCCGGCAAUCCUGUUGUGGGUGAAUGGCAAACCUUUCUCCCAGCAUUGGAGUUUGCCAAAGAACAAGGCCUUCCUAUAUCUCUUCAUUGUGGAGAGGUGCCUAAACAGAAGGAAGUCCAAGCAAUGCUCGAAUUCCAACCGCAAAGGAUAGGCCAUGCCAUUUGUUUUGAAGAUGAAGAUUGGAGACAAUUGAAAUUAUCUAAGAUUCCAGUGGAGAUUUGUUUGACAUCCAAUAUCAGGACUGAAACAGUUUCUUGCAUAGAUGAUCAUCAUUUCGUUGAUCUUUACAAAGCAAAGCAUCCGUUGAUCCUGUGCACCGAUGACCCAGGGGUAUUCUCUACCAGCCUUUCUCAGGAAUACAAGCUUGCUGCUUCGACUUUUGGACUAGGCAAGGAUGAAAUGUUUCAGCUGGCGAGAAAUGCAGUUGAAUUCAUCUUUGCGGAUGAUGGUGUAAAGAAGGCUCUAAAAGAGAUGUUUGAUUCUGCCUCGAGCAUGCAAUGAGAUUUAACUCAUGGAGCUAGAGAUGGUAAUUUUUCAUAGAAGUAUGUUAGUUGUUCUUCUGUCUUCUACAAGUCUUGUUUGAUGAGAUGAGAUUUGGAUGGUUGCUUCGGCUGUAGAAAUAUUCGACAUUGUAAUUUUGAUUCUUGAAUUAUUCUGUAUUGACACCAAGUGUUUCAAUGCAAAUUUCAUGCGUUGUAGGGUUUUAUUACUAAA